AUGCUCUCAAACUCCAAUUUCUGGAGAAGCGGACAUGAUGCCGAAGAAUUACCUUCGCCGACCACCGUCGUCCCAUUCGCUGGGCGCAUUGGUGCCAAUCAAGAGUCCUCAGUGGACAAAACCAACAGUGCGCAUAUAGAAUUGUUGCAGCAGUCUCCUGACGCUGCUCCCUGGAUCCCGUUAAAGGAUGCGCUAUCUCUGCGACAUUUUCUGCAUGUAGCGCUAUGGAAGGCUGCUGUUGUCGAAGCUAUAGCUGUGGGCCUUGGUGAAACGGUGAACAUCCUUGCGACCGGUGCCCUUGUACCCAACCUACUUAGUGGCCUUACGGCGAUCCUGGUUCUUCCUUUAUUCAUCUUCGCUGCCGGUCCAGUUUCCGGCGCGCAUCUUAACCCUACCAUCACCAUCGCCACAUUCUUCGGGCGAUUAGCGACCUUGCCACGAUGCAUUCUGUACGUUGGUUUUCAAGUUUUCGGAGGGGCUAUUGCAGGUUUGCUGUUAAGAGCGAGCCUCGACACCAGAUCUUUCAUCGUGCCAGGUUGCUAUAUUGAUACUACCAAAGUCUCAGCGGGCAGCGCAUUUGCCAUAGAAUUCACUACAGAUCUCGCUUUGAUCUUUCUUUCAUUCGGUGUCGGUCUUGAUCCUCGACAGCGCUCUGAUUUGGGCCAGCCUUAG